UUCCUUUGAACUGACAGCAGUACCAGUAGUAAUGGACCUCACAGCAGUAGGGGUGAGAUGUGUUGAGACACUCGAACGCUUUUUCAUAUUGUCCGCUGACGUCAUGCAGUAAUCAAGGCACGUAUGGUGUCCGUAGCCCAGGUACGUCUCGUGGUCCUCGGUCGAGUGUUGUCCUGCGGGGAAGCGGUGGGAAUCGCCGCGGCGACGUUGGCUUCAAUCGCCUUAUGCUUCACCUUCUUGCCUCCAGUGGCGGGGCAGAGAACGCGCAGGGGGUCCAGGUAAAUGAGAAGCAGCAAUAGGCACCGUAUCCCCAUGGUGUGGUUAACUUGUCAGUUUGAGAGUUGCCACAUGUGGUGUGGCAAUUAGAUCAGGAUCAGCUAACGGAACAAUUAGAUCUCAACCGAAAGUGGUGCUAGUCGCCUCCUCCACUCAAGGCGCGGAGGUGGUGUGGGUGUGUGUUUCUGUUCACUCGAAGGGGUGUGUGUUUUAUUCCGACACCUCACAUCAUCAGAGAGAGAGAAGACAAAAGGAGAGGUUUUUGGUUGAAACGGGAGAUGUUUCUGUCGUAUCAUUCAUAAAACCAGUUUACCAGGCCUACACCUUCGCGCGCUCUAUUGGCAUCCUCUUUCGAGUCCGUGCGCGGUGGUGAAUAGCGAUCCACCUCGCGGUCAGUUUGUGACAGAGAUGGGAGAGGUGUGCCAUUUCUUUACCAGGCUGUGACACUGACACAGCGGCCAGGAUGGAUCCAAACACCCGGAAAAUGAUGCUUCUGAUCGGCCUCAACUGCCUCUGGCUCCAAGUGCUUUCAGAGGUGAUAGCUGAUGACAGUUAUUUAAACGAGGUGCAAAACGCAGCCCCUCUCUCCUGUUCGGAGGGUUUUACAGAGCUGGGUUUCUAUAAUGGCUCUGUGUCUCAGACGGACUCUGGCGCCCCCUGCCUGCGGUGGGCAGAGUUUCCAGACUACGUGCUGCAGUACCCUGGCCGAGGCCUUGGGGAGCACAGCUACUGCCGUAACCCUGACAGAGAGUCCAACCCCUGGUGCUUCUUCAGACAGACCUCUGGGGCCAUCGGCUGGGCCUACUGCGACUGCCACCAGGGUGCAGCUCGGCUGGUGGGCGGGACAUCGUCAAGAAGUGGACGUGUGGAGGUGUACCUGAAUGGCCAGUGGGGGGCGGUGUGUGACUCUCAUUGGACAGACAGAGAUGCCAGUGUGAUCUGCAGACAGCUGGGGUUGGGUGAGAUCGGCACUGCUUUGCAGCAGUCCAGGUUCGGCUCGGGCUCCGGCCUCUUCCAUUACGAGCGGCUGAGUUGCCGUGGAGAUGAGAGCUCCGUCAACCAAUGCCAGAGCAGGACAUUUGUUACCGGGGACUGUAGCCAUGGAAAUGAGGCGGGAGUUGUGUGUGCUCCACCAGAAGGCAGUGGUCUUCCUCUACGAUUGGUUGGAGGAGAAGAAUACUUUGAGGGGCGUGUGGAGGUGUUCCACAGUGGUAGGUGGGGCUCUGUCUGCGAUGACCAAUGGGACGACAGAGAUGCAGAAGUGGUCUGUCGACAGCUGGGCUUUGGGGGUGUGGCGAAGGCCUGGUCGUGGGCCCACUUCGGACAGAGCUCAGGUCCCAUCCUAUUGGACGCCGUGAGGUGUACAGGAAAUGAAGUCUUCCUGGACCAGUGUCUUCAUGGAGACUGGGAACAACACAACUGUGACCAUAUGGAAGACGCUGGGGUAUCCUGCAGCCCCUACACAGACGGUGUGGUGCGGUUGGUAGGAGGAGACAGUCCAUGGGAGGGUCGUGUUGAACUGUUCCACUCUGGGGACUGGGGUACGGUGUGUGACGACCACUGGACUCAACAACACACACAGGUGGUCUGUCGACAGCUCGGAUACAGAGGGCAUGCUGAGGUGGUGACUGACAGAACGUUCGGCGGGGGUUCUGGUAUCAUCCUGUUGGACGAUGUGCGUUGUGAGGGGACGGAGUCGUCCCUGCUGGACUGUCGCCAUGGCACCUGGGGCCGUAGCGACUGUUCCCAUGGAGAGGACGUGGGCGUGCGAUGCAGGGCCGGAGCUAAAGAGGAAGAGACCAAUGAGGUGCCGGCUGUUGCACCUGCCACAGGUCCUCUGUUGCGUCUGUUUGGGGGUGGUAGCCAUAACGAAGGUCGUGUGGAAGUCUAUCUCCAUGGAGACUGGGGGAGUAUCUGUGACUCAGGCUGGAACGAUCUGAACGCUGCCGUGGUCUGCAGACAGCUGGGCCACAGUGGUCAUGCGGUAGCAGCAGGUGGGUUCGGUCGGGGGAAGGGUCCUGUCCACCUGGACCAGGUGAGGUGUACCGGGAAGGAGGACUUCCUGGGGGAGUGUCCGUCUCUGGGCCGGGCCCGUGACGGCUGCAGAUGGAGACAGGAUGCAGGGGUGAGCUGUAACCACGCCCCCCGGGCAACAGAGGGCCAGGCCAGGCCAAGUGAGCUCACCUGUGGAGUGAGGAAGAUUGUGGAGGAAGGGAACGAGAGGAAGAGUGGAGGAGAAGGAGAGAAUGUACUCAGGACAUUGUGGCCAUGGCAGGUGUCAGUGUGGUUGGGUUCUGAGGGGAAAGAUGGCCAUCCUAUCUGUAGUGGUACUCUGAUCUCUCCCUGCUGGGCCCUGGCCUCCGCUCACUGCUUCACCAGGUUUGGUAUUGGCCCGUCUCAGUAUGUGGUGCGCUUUGGGGGUUCUGACAGAAUUCUGAUCCCGGAGCGAGUGGUGGUCCAUAGAAAGUUUAGAGCAGAUCAGGGCCCUGGGGGUCAUGACCUGGCCCUGCUGAGGCUGCCCAGCCCCAAGGAUCACUGUUUGACCUUUGACCCCCACACCAACGCCGCCUGCCUCCCCACACCGGAUGCUGCGGGGGGGAAGACCCCCUUGUCCUGCAUUGCCGCGGUUACUGCUGGCUGGGACGGCCCAGACGCUGUGCUCCAGUCCUGGGUACCCCUCCUGACGUCAUGGCAGUGUAAGAAGCGUUAUGGCGAUGGUUUCUCCUCCCACGGCACGCUGUGCGCCGGCAGCCCCCCAGACACACGCCGUCUCCACGGGAACAACGGUUGCCAGGGCAACUGGGGCGGUGGGCUGGUAUGCCAGGGGGAGGGAGGGCGAUGGGUGUUGACCGGGAUCGUCUCCGGGGGUUACGGUUGCAGCGACCCCUCAACCCCGGCGCUCUACACACGGGUCAGCCGGUUCCGGGGCUGGAUCGAGGAAGUCACACAUACACACAGGAGCGGGACAUACACACACACACAAUCAUGACCAGUUGAAACAAACACACUGACGGUCAAUCCAUACACACACACGACCAGCACAGCAAUAUACACACACACACAAUCAGCAUACAGACACUCACAAUAAACACACACACACUCUUGUCUGAUCCAGGACACGCCAUUGGCUCACCGGCUGUGUCAUGUGACUGUCAGAGGAAGAGGAGGAAGGAUAGAUGAUGAUGGAGGAAGAGGAGGACAUGUUGGAAAAGGAGGGAGAGCAAGAGGAAAGAUACAAGAGAAGAAGAAUGAGAAGAGAUCCACCUCUGCCCCCCUGACCAUGUAGAAUUGUGUGUGUGUGCAUGUGUAUUACACUAGCUAUGGGGUGUGUGCAUUCAUGUAUGUGUGUCAUCUGUGUGUGUAUCAUAUGUGUGUCUGGGAGGGGAGGUGCUGUAGUGAUAAUGUGUAGCUAGACGACAUGCUUUUAGGUAGUCAUUUCUCUGACAGUGGGGUUGAGUUUCUUGUGGUGCCCUAUUUGAAGUCUGUCCAGAAUGAUCUGUUAUUCCUUAGUGGUCAUUCUUUUUUAUAUAUAAGCGGUUGUUCAAAAGCUGUUCUCGAAUAUCUAAUAUCACGAUCGUAUUCCUGAAGAUGCUAUCUACCUUGGAUGGGACUGUCACUUCUUUCAAAUGCCAACUGGAGAAGCUCUUCUCUCUCGUUUCAAAUAAACGGGACUUUCUUGGGGGGGGGGGGGGGGGGGCUCAAAACUGGACUCUUUAUUUGGCGGCAGUUAGCCUUGAGGUUUAGGCCAGUAACCUGAGGGUUGUUGGUGUCAGUUCCCAGCUACCAUCUGCCGUUGUGCCCUACAGUAAGACUCUACUGCUCCAGGGACUCUGCGCUGUGACAUACACUGUGCCUCUCAACGGCAUUGUGACAUACACUGUACCUCUCAACGGCAUUGUGACAUACACUGUACCUCUCAACGGCAUUUUGACAUCACAAAAAACUAAAGGAUAUUCUAUGCUACUCUAUUUUUCUCUCUCCUGUCAAAGCCAUGGAAAGCCAGGGGGUGGAUCGUAUUCAUCUUUUUCUACUGAUCUCCCCGAAUGGCUCUAGUUGUUAACGUUGUGUGUAAAUACUUCUGAUUGUUUAUGUGUUGCAUUCAUUAAUGUCUGAUUUCGAUGUCCAAACAGUUAGACUUCCUGUAGCUGAAUAUUCCUCUCGUUUUUCUAUGACCUCAGUAGUAGACGGUGUUGUCAUAUUCAGAGGCAUCAUUUAUCAUAUGCUUGAGGGAGAAGUUGCCCCUAACCCGAGAUCUAGGAUCAGAUUAGCCAACUCCAGAUGAUAUGGCAUCAAACAUAUGGAAACCAUAUGUUUAAUGUAUUUGAUACCAUUCCACUUAUUCCGCUCUAGCCAUUAGCACGAGCCCGUCCUCCCCAAUUAAGGUGCCACCAACAUCCUGUGGGGAGGAUGCAAAAAGAUCUGACCCAGGACCAGUGGUUAGGUGAAACUUCUACCAGCUUAUACAGUAUGGCCCUGAUGUUUUUUUGUUUCUAACUGGCUCAAUCAGGUGUGGAAGCAUCUUGUAUUCCAUAACUGUUUCUCUCAAACAGGAAAUGCUCCUAUUCCCUUCUUUGUUGUUGUUGUUGAUCCUCGAGACUCCCGUCUAUCCAGUAACAUGUGGUUUGUCAUGUAUAAUCAUUACAUUAACCUCCUCCUUGCGACUUCAUGUUUGAGUAAAACGGUUCAGUCAUACUAAGGCCUCUAUUCAAUCCGUAUCGCGGAAGUUCAGCGUAACAACGUGAUUGACAUUUAAAGGCAAUGUUCCCACGUUAGUGGAGACGGCGUUCACGUCAUGUCGUCUCAAUGGGACCUUUGACCUUUACAUUUCUACCGUAAGUCUUCAGCGAUACAGAUUGACUAGAGUCCUAAAUCAAUGUAAAUAUUUCCAUAGCUGGCCACAUUCCACCAAACCCACAUUGCAUACUGUACCCAGUGUGUGUUUAGUCAGGAAGCAGUAGUUUGCAAACACAGACACCGCAUAAACAAAGCUUCUGUGGGUUUGAUUGAAUUCGAGACAGAGUUGACCAUGUCUCUGUUUGAAGCUGUGAAGAGUCUUGACUCAGUAGAAAUGUAAAACCGUCUUACAGACAUCUGUGUGUUCCUCAGACUGGUCUGUCCUGAAACACAGUGAACUAUUGAAGAGUAUUGUGCUGGUCUCUAUUGUCUGGUCUUUAUAACAUCAAAAUAAAUGUCUUUUUUUUGUCUGUUCUUUA